CUUACUUCAAAAUAUUAGUAAAUUAGUGAACAUGGCGACGCUUAUUGACAACUAUGAACAACAAUACGCUGUUUUGACAGCAGAUAUCACUGCAAAAAUUAGCAGAAUAUCAGUAGUAAAUGGAGGUGAAAAAAGGGCAUUUAUUCAAGAUGUGGAUAGACAAUUGGAAGAAGCUCAGGAAUUGCUGGAGCAAAUGGAACUGGAGGUACGUGGAACCUCCGGAUCUCAAAGAGAGCGAUUGAAAAGUCGAGUAGAAAGUCAUCGAGCGGAACUGAAAAGAUUGACAAAAGAAUUUCAAUCUGCAAAAAAAUCCCGAGAUGAAGUGUCAAUAGACUUGAACAUUGAUGAUUCUUGGGACAAUGUUGUCACGGAAGAUCAAAGGAAAAGAUUAUUAGACUCAUCGGAACGAAUCGAAAGAACUGGAAGAACACUUCAAAAUGGUUAUAGGAUGGUUUUAGAAACUGAAGAAAUUGGAUCUCAAGUCCUUAAAGAUCUUCAUGAUCAAAGAGAAACAAUUCAAAGAGGUCGAUCGAGAUUAAGAGACACAGAAGCUGAACUUGGAAGAGGCUCACGAUUACUAUCAGGAAUGAUACUUCGUUCACUUCAACAACGAUUUAUUCUUGCUGCUGUUGUUUUAGUUCUCAUGAUCGUAGGGUGCUUUGUAAUAUAUUAUAGCUUUACAUCGAAAAGUUAAUUUAAUAAGCAGCUUAUAAAUAAAUUCAUCAGCUAAUUAAUCAUAGAUAGAGGAAAGUAAAAAGGAUAAAUAGUAUAAUUGAAUUAUGAUUGGGUAAAUAACAGAUCUCAUGUUAAUACCAAAUCACCUCUAUAAAGUGCCGAUUUGUUGAUAAUAUUAAUAACGCGUAUUAAUUUGGAUAAUAAAUUAUAAAAAUAAUAUAAUGGUGGAAAUUUAUGAUAAGUAUUUAUUUAUUGUUGAUGUU